AGCAGAGGCGGCGGGACACGUCACUUCCGCCCUCCGCGAGCGGGCGGGGAGUCUGUCAGCAACUCUGCUCUCGCGAUCUCUGGUUGCUCCAUUGCGCUGUGCGCGGUGACUCUCUGGAAUUGGCGGCCUCCGGCAUGAUGGCGGAUUUUGAUGCGAUCUAUGAGGAAGAAGAGGAGGAUGAGGAGCGGGCUCUGGAGGAGCAGCUGCUGAAGUACGCGACCGACCCAGUGGUGGUUCGGGGCUCGGGACACGUCACCGUGUUUGGUUUGAGCAACAAAUUUGAAUUUGAAUUUCCUUCGCCAUUAACAGGAAAGGUUGCGCCAGAGGAAUUCAAAGCCAGCAUUGGUCGCAUUAAUGGUUGUUUAAAGAAGAAUCUUCCCGUCAAUGUGCGAUGGCUACUCUGUGGCUGCUUGUGUUGUUGUUGUACUUUGGGCUGCAGCAUGUGGCCAGUAAUUUGUCUCAGUAAAAGAACACGAAGAUCGAUCGAGAAGUUAUUAGAAUGGGAAAACAAUAGGUUAUACCACAAGCUGUGCUUGCACUGGAGACUGAGUAAAAGGAAAUGUGAAACCAAUAACAUGAUGGAAUAUGUCAUCUUAAUAGAGUUUUUACCGAAGACACCAAUAUUUCGACCAGAUUAGAAUAAGAUUUGCUUUUUAGAGACUUGUCUUAGUGUGUUGUCCUUCCAAUGGUGCCUUGCAUGGUGCUUCCUAGUGAAGAUUGUGAAAAUCUGACACUUAUAACACCUGCUAUCCAGUUUUUCACUCCAUCUGCUCACUAGUCCGUCCACUUAUUUUUGCUAACUUUUUAAUAACAGUUGCAUUCCAGACCUCCAAUCUGUUUCAUAUUGUGAUUCAUCGUAACUAACCUCCCCAAAAAAUUUAAUAUUAUUUUGCUUUUUUUAAUGAUUGUUGAUACGUACUUUCUUUUGUACACUCAACCAUUUUACAACAUUCACUAAAAUUAUGUAUGAAAAGGUUAUUAACAAAUUGAUUUUACUAAUAAUGCUUGUGAAUCAUCCCAGAAUUUUCAAUAGUAGAUUGAAAUUAUUAGCUGUAUUUAUUAGAAGCAAUACACUUUGUAUUGAAUUCUGUAUCUGAUACACGUGGAACAAAUCAUUUUGUAGUGUUGUCCCACUGUUUAGUUUUAAUGUAUUUUAUUUCUGCCCAUGAAAUUUGAACUUGAGACCUACUGUGCACUUAUUCAGGAACAUAAAUUUUGCGAUAUCGAAGUCACAAAUAUGAAGAAGUCUGAGUGAAGAAGCAAUGUCAAAUGGCUCUUGCUACUUCCUAAACAUUUUAAUACAUUCCAAAUGGAAAAGAAUACAUUGAGUUAAUAAUGUAGCAAAAAUAGAUGAAGGCUUUUGCAUGCAUUGUAAGGUCACUAGGAGCCAGGACCAUGGAAAAUGCAGCAAGAUUACAAACAUAAAAUGAACAUUUUGUUCAUAAACUGUCAUAUGUGAUGGCUUUUAUGACUUCUGUUACUAUGUUUACUUUGUCCUGAGCAAUUUAGGUUUACAUGUAGAUGUUUUGAUUUUUCCUGUAUAUAAUUAUAAUGUAGACUGUAUAUUCAACAGAUUCUUGGGUCAGGCCAAAUAGUUUUAUUCUGCACUCUGUAUUGUGGAACCUGUAAUUAUAUUUGGAGAGGUGCUUUCGUUUUUGGUACUUCAUUGCAUAUUGACAGAAAUUAUGGUGCAGAUUAUUUUUUUAGCAUUUUUAAUUAUUAGUUUUACUCUGACUUUUAGAAAGUCAAUUUAUUACUUUAAAAUAGGCCCUUGGUUUUGAAGGACCAGCUCUUAUUAAAUGUAAUAACUGAAACAUGAGGGAUGAUCUUUAAUAAAUUCCCAUGUCCUAAUUAGUAUCUAUCUUGUUGCCAUUGAAAAAAUGUAUACAAUUAACUUUUUCUUGUUUUUGUACCCAGCAUAUACUAGUGAAAUUCAAUUUGUAAUAUAUAAAAGUUAUAUGUAAUUUCCUGAUGUGUGAGAUUAUCCAGUGCAUGCUGCAACUUCUGAAUUACUAAAAACACUUUUUUGCCUUGAUUAUUUUAGUCAAUGUGCAUUGCACAAAUCUGAAAUUGAGAUCAAAGGCACAAAUUGUGAAGUAAAUUCAACAACUUGCUUCACACUCGUUAAUUUUGAAUAAAAAGUCUUUGUUCUGCUUUGAUAAAGGAGGAAAGAUAUGUUUAGUUUAAUCUAUCUAAAGGUUACCGUAACCUCAUAAACCAAACUCAGUGUUGAUACAACAUUGUUUGAUAGUUAAAUAUUUUCAGUGGUUAAAAGGCACAUUUAAUAUCUCCCAAGAAACUCUACUGUAUAAUCAGUGGAUUAAUGGCAUAGUUUUCUAUAAUCAGUAACAUCUCCAUUGAAGUUUAUUUUGCCCACAGCAAUUUGCUGCCUAAUUUUCAGUCAGAUAAUACAUGUACAACUUGUCGUAUGUUCACUGUUUUUGUUGCAUUAGUUUCUAGUUGUGCUCAUUUACUUCAAAUUCUCUUGAAUGUUUCUGCAUGUGAUUUUCCUAGGAAAAACAUCUAGAAGAAAAAAACAAUUUCUGCAGAUAGUUAAAUAAGAACUAGUUAUUUCUGAAAUAAAAGACCAACUUAAUGCUGUUAUAUUAA